UAUUAUUAUUAAUAUUAUUAUUAUUAUUUUCAGAGGGAUCGUUACGUUACCCCUGACUCCCUGUAUCCCAGAAAACAAGGCCGAGGUCCUCCACAGAUACCAUGGCUAGGCUUGCAUUGAUCACAGGCUUGGGCCUGGUGAUGUGUCUCAGUGCUGUGUCCUCCACCAAGAUGGCGUGCUACUUCACCAACUGGUCCCAGUACAGGCCCGGGACGGGACGAUACCUGCCGGCCAACGUGGACCCGCACCUGUGCACCCACCUGAUCUACGCCUUCUCCAUCAUCAACUACGCCAACGAGCUGGUCACCUACGAGUGGAACGACGAGGCCCUCUACAAGUCCUUCAACGGCCUGAAAGAGCGAAACCCCAGACUGCAGACACUCCUGGCUGUUGGAGGAUGGAACUUUGGAACAAGCCAGUUCACCAUCAUGGUGUCCUCAGCAGCCAACAGGCAGACGUUCAUCCAGUCCUCCAUCAAGUUCCUGCGGACGCACGGCUUCGACGGGCUGGACCUGGACUGGGAGUACCCCGGAGCUCGAGGGAGCCCCCCAGAGGACAAGCAGAGGUUCACAGUGCUGUGCAAGGAGCUGACGGAGGCGUUUCAGGUGGAGGGGCGCGAGUCAGGCCGUCCCAGGCUGCUGCUCUCGGCAGCGGUGGCCGCCGGCAAGGGGAACAUCGACGGCGGCUACGAAAUCGCCGAAGUCUCUCAACACCUGGACUUCAUCAACGUGAUGACCUACGACUUCCACGGCGCCUGGGACAGCUUCACCGGACACAACAGCCCCCUGUACGGGAGCGCCACGGACGAGGGCGAGCACAUGUACUUCAACACAGACUUUGCCAUGCGGUACUGGCGGGACCAGGGCACGCCAGCGGAGAAGCUGCUGAUGGGCUUCGCCACGUACGGCCGCACCUUCCGCCUGACGUCCGCCGAUCACGUGGUGGGGGCCCCGGCCAGCGGCGCGGCCCCCGCCGGGCCCUACACCCGGGAGGCCGGCUUCUGGUCCUACUACGAGAUCUGUAAUUUCCUCCGUGGAGCUACAGUGCAGUGGCUGACGGAUCAGAAGGUUCCCUACGCCACGAAAGGCAACGAAUGGGUGGGCUUCGACAGCAAAGAGAGCUACGAGAUUAAGGUUCGUUACCUGAAGGACAAUAAGUUUGGCGGGGCCUUCGUUUGGGCACUGGACCUGGACGACUUCUCUGGACAGUACUGCGGUGGAGAACAUUACCCUCUGAUGAACUACCUGCGUACCCUGCUCAGUAUAGAAUUGCCCCCCCUGCCCCCUACGAUCAAGCCAACUGGGGAGGCCGCGACAACCACCACCACCGCCGCCGCCCCCACCACCACCACCACUGCCCCCACCACCACCACCACGACCAGCCCUCCCAACAUGCCCGGAGAAGGGUUCUGUGCCAACCAGCACGACGGCCUGUACGCCGCCGAGCACGACCCCAACGCCUUCUACCAGUGCUUCAACGGCCACACCUACGUGCAGAAGUGCAACACCAACCUCGUCUUCAAAGACAGCUGCAAGUGCUGUGACUGGAAAUAACUACCCCCCCCGACAGCCUCCCACCGCAAAAACACAAAAACAAAAACAA